UUUUCCAGUUUCGCCAUGUGGAUUAUCAACUGGUUCUAUGAUGUGCUCGCCUCUCUUGGCCUGCUAAACAAGCACGCUAAGCUUCUUUUCCUCGGUUUGGACAAUGCCGGAAAGACCACCCUGCUCCACAUGUUGAAGAACGACCGUGUUGCUGUCCUCUCACCGACUGCGCACCCGACUUCUGAGGAGCUGGCCAUCGGCAACAACCGUUUCACUACCUUCGAUCUGGGUGGUCACCAGCAGGCUCGUCGUCUGUGGAAGGACUACUUCCCUGAGGUCAGCGGUAUUGUCUUCCUGGUCGAUGCCAAGGACUACGAGCGUUUCCCCGAGUCCAAGGCUGAGCUUGAUGCUCUCCUCGCUAUGGAGGACCUCGCCAAGGUUCCCUUCCUCGUCCUCGGAAACAAGAUCGACCACCCCGAUGCUGUCAGCGAGGAUGAGCUGCGCCACCAGCUCGGUCUGUACCAGACCACCGGCAAGGGCAAGGUUCCUCUCGAGGGAAUCCGUCCUAUUGAGCUGUUCAUGUGCAGUGUUGUCAUGAGACAGGGUUACGGCGAGGGUAUCCGCUGGCUCUCCCAGUACGUUUAAAGCG